AUGGCGCUGUUCCUUCUUGUUGGCAUCGUAUUGCUCCCCACGACCAGAGCUGUGUUCCACCCGUACUACUGUUACAACACUCCAUUUCCCACCACUCCGCCCGGCUGCAUUCCACAUGUUUCUCCUUAUGCACAGACUCUGGCUCACCCCCCGCUUUUGAACACAUAUAUGCCCGGUACUCCAUCAUUACCAAUGGCUCCUCAUAUGCCCAUGGUUUCGUCUUUGCUCAUGGGUUCACAUUUACCUGCGAUUCCACCUAUGCCAAUGGCUCCACAUAUGCCUAUUGUUCCACCUAUGACUAGUAUGGCUACUCAUAUGCCUUUCGUUCCACCAGUGACUAGUAUGGCUACUCAUAUGCCCUUUGUUCCACCAAUGACUAGUAUGGCUACUCAUAUGCCCUUCGUUCCACGAGUCACUAGUAUGGCUACACACAUGCCCAUGAUUCCGCCAGUGCCAAUGGCCCCACCCAUGAAUAUGGUUCCUCAUAUGCCCAUGCCUCUGCCCAUGACUUCCCACGCACCCAUGAUUCCUCCCCUGGGCUUGUCCUCUGUCCUUCCACAUGCCAACCCCAGCGUCCUGCCCCAGCUGAUUCCCCCCGUGCACCCCCCUGUGACGCCGCCAGUGAGCAUCCAGUGUUACCUUGUUAGCGGACGUCCGGGGGUCUUCCCGGGAUGCUAGGUAAGCUACAGCAGUAAAUUUGAAAACAUAA